GAAGGAGAGUUCUAUAGACACCUGUGGGAGCACCCCGCGCCCCUACCUUGGGGCACAGGCUCCUGGUGUCCUCCGGCCACUAGCUGCAGCAGGCAUUCCCGGGCAGACCCCUAGCUUGGGGACAAACGCCCCAGAGGCUCCAGGUUCCCCACGGGCCCGGGGCUGGUUCCCACGGGGUGUUUUCAGUUCCCCGGAGAGUCGAGUAAGGUCCCGGAGCGCACGAUCCUGAGGCCUGUGGGGGAUUGGGGGGCUCGGGAGACGGGGCCGCCCCAGCCAGCCGCCCACCCGCAGACCGGCGCUGUCACGUUCCAGCCGCCUGACUCAGGCCGCGCAGGGCGGGGAGCCGGGAGGCGGCGCCGGCGCCCGCCUCGGCCCCGGAGGCGGCACCAGGAAGCGCCCGCCCCGGCCGGAGCCGCCAUGUAACCGGCGCCGCCCGGAGCCCGAGCCGCGCGGGCCAUAGCGACCCGCCCGCCAUGGGGGACGAGGACGAGGAUGAGGGCUGCGCCGUGGAGCUGCGGAUCACAGAAGCCAACCUGACCGGGCACGAGGAGAAGGUGAGCGUGGAGAACUUCGAGCUGCUCAAGGUGCUGGGCACGGGAGCCUACGGCAAGGUGUUCCUGGUGCGGAAGGCGGGCGGGCACGACGCGGGGAAGCUGUACGCCAUGAAGGUGCUGCGCAAGGCGGCGCUGGUGCAGCGCGCCAAGACGCAGGAGCACACGCGCACCGAGCGCUCCGUGCUGGAGCUGGUGCGCCAGGCGCCCUUCCUGGUCACGCUGCACUACGCUUUCCAGACGGAUGCCAAGCUGCACCUCAUCCUGGACUAUGUGAGCGGCGGGGAGAUGUUCACCCACCUCUACCAGCGCCAGUACUUCAAGGAGGCUGAGGUGCGCGUGUACGGGGGUGAGAUCGUGCUGGCUCUGGAACACCUGCACAAGCUGGGCAUCAUUUACCGAGACCUGAAACUGGAGAAUGUGCUGCUGGACUCUGAGGGCCACAUUGUCCUCACGGACUUCGGGCUGAGCAAGGAGUUCCUGACGGAGGAGAAAGAGCGGACCUUCUCCUUCUGUGGCACCAUAGAAUACAUGGCCCCCGAAAUCAUCCGAAGCAAGGCGGGGCAUGGCAAGGCUGUGGACUGGUGGAGCCUGGGCAUCUUGCUCUUUGAGCUGCUGACGGGGGCCUCUCCCUUCACACUGGAGGGCGAGAGGAACACACAGGCUGAAGUGUCUCGACGGAUCCUGAAGUGCUCCCCUCCCUUCCCCCCUCGGAUCGGGCCUGUGGCGCAGGACCUGCUGCAGCGGCUACUUUGCAAGGAUCCCAAGAAGCGACUGGGCGCGGGGCCCCAGGGGGCACAGGAAGUCCAGAACCACCCCUUCUUCCAGGGCCUGGAUUGGGUUGCUCUGGCUGCCAGGAAGAUUCCAGCCCCAUUCCGGCCCCAGAUCCGCUCAGAGCUGGAUGUGGGCAACUUUGCAGAGGAAUUCACUCGGCUGGAGCCUGUCUACUCACCCCCUGGCAGCCCCCCACCUGGGGACCCCCGAAUCUUUCAGGGAUACUCCUUUGUGGCACCCUCCAUCCUCUUCGACCACAACAACGCAGUGAUGACCGAUGUGCUGGAAGCGCCUGGUGCUGGAGACCGGCCGGGUCGGGCAGCGGUGGCCAGGAGCGCCAUGAUGCAGGACUCGCCCUUCUUCCAGCAGUACGAGCUGGACCUGCGGGAGCCUGCGCUGGGCCAGGGCAGCUUCUCUGUGUGUCGCCGCUGCCGCCAGCGUCAGAGCGGCCAGGAGUUCGCCGUCAAGAUCCUUAGUCGCAGGCUGGAGGCGAGCACGCAGCGCGAAGUGGCCGCCUUGCGCCUGUGCCAGUCACACCCCAACGUGGUGAAUCUGCACGAGGUGCAUCAAGACCAGCUGCAUACGUAUCUGGUCCUGGAGCUGCUGCGGGGCGGAGAGCUGCUGGAGCACAUCCGCAAGAAGCGGCACUUCAGCGAGUCCGAGGCGAGUCAGAUCCUCCGCAGCCUCGUGUCGGCUGUGAGCUUCAUGCACGAGGAGGCGGGCGUGGUGCACCGCGACCUCAAGCCGGAGAACAUCCUGUACGCCGACGACACGCCCGGGGCCCCGGUGAAGAUCAUCGACUUCGGGUUCGCGCGGCUGCGGCCGCAGAGUCCCGGGGGGCCCAUGCAGACCCCCUGCUUCACGCUGCAGUACGCGGCCCCCGAGCUGCUGGCGCAGCAGGGCUACGACGAGUCGUGUGACCUCUGGAGCCUGGGCGUCAUUCUGUACAUGAUGCUGUCGGGGCAGGUGCCCUUCCAGGGGGCCUCUGGCCAGGGCGGACAGAGUCAGGCGGCCGAGAUCAUGUGCAAAAUUCGCGAGGGGCGAUUCUCCCUUGACGGGGAGGCCUGGCAGGGCGUAUCCGAGGAAGCCAAGGAGCUGGUCCGAGGGCUCCUGACGGUGGACCCCGCCAAGCGGCUCAAGCUCGAGGGACUGCGGGGCAGCUCGUGGCUGCAGGACGGCAGCGCGCGCUCCUCGCCCCCGCUCCGGACGCCCGACGUGCUCGAGUCCUCCGGGCCCGCGGUGCGCUCGGGGCUCAACGCCACCUUCAUGGCGUUCAACCGGGGCAAGCGGGAGGGCUUCUUCCUGAAGAGUGUGGAGAACGCACCCCUGGCCAAGCGGCGGAAGCAGAAGCUGCGGAGCGCCACCGCCUCCCGCCGGGGCUCCUCUGCACCAGCCGCCCCGGGCCGAGCCCCCGCUGCCGCCAAGGGGGCCCCCCGCCGAGCCAACGGCCCCCUGCCCCCCUCCUAAUCCCCACCACUGUGACCCCCUUCCCUCACUGGGGCUGUGACCUGGGAGCCGGGCUCACUACCGGAGGCCUCUGCCAGCGGUGACCUGAUCCCCAGGGACUGUCCUUCCUUCCUACCCCACCCCACUCCCAGACAGAGCAGAAGUAUUUUUAUAAGCAGAGAAUUUUUUUUACCGGAUAGAGUUAGAGAUGCAGGGAAGGGGGGGCCUGCUGGGGAGUGGGGUUUGGGGGGCCCUCUCCCACGACACUGCCUCUUCUGGGCAGAAGGCCCCUCCGGGGGCACUGCUCCAACAGGAAAGGGCCCCUCCCCCACUUCUAAGCACUGAGUUAGGAGUGCUCACUCCUAAGCUGGGACCCCCUCCUCUGUUCUCCGUUGAGGCCCCUUUCCUGGGAGGUGCACCCCUCAACUGUCACUUUAUGGACUGUCUGUGCAAUUACGUCCACCAAAGACCUGUGUUGGGGGGACUGAGGGAGAGGCCCUGGGGGACCCCCUGAAGCAUUUCUGCCUCACUUUAUGUCAUCUGCUUCUCCCCUACUGGGGCUAAGGAAGGAGAUAGGUGGUCCCUGAAAGCGGAGGCCCCCUUCUCACCCACCGCCUCCCCUUUGGCACAGCUACUCCCGGCUGGGGGUGGGGCCUUGGGGAUCUGGGCUGGGCAUCCACGGUCACUGCCUCAGCCCAUCUAGGCUGUGCCUUUAACUUUAAAAUAAAAGUCCACCCAGUGCUGUCUGUGGCA